CAAUUGUAAGGAGGAGUCGGCCUACAGUAAAUCUUGACGAGGGCUGCAAGUGGGAAGGCGGGAGCGGGAGCGGGAGCACGAGAGAGAAUGGCCGACAGAUUGGAGCGGUGGCUUCCCCUCUUCGAGAUCUUCCUCAACUCCGCCGCGCCGGAGGGCGACGCCUCCCUCUGGUUCGAUAACCACCACCAUCCCACCACCGCCUUCCUCUCCCUACUCCUCUCUGCCGUCCCCUCUUCUCGUUCCCCGCCGCCCAUCCUCCUCCAAACCCUUCCCCCCGCCCUUCAGUCCCGCAUCCUCUCCUUCCUUGCCGUCCACCACCACCGCUUCCCUCGCGCCUGCCUCCGCUCCCUUGCCGCCCACUUCCUCGACUCCUCCGCCUUCACCGAUAGCUCUGCUUUUUGGGCGCGUAAGGCCGCCCACCACCUGCUCGAUGCAGUGUCCUCUUCGGCUCCUCCCGUUGCCUGUGGACAUACACUUGAUCAUCUUCACCGUAGAACGAAUGAGAACGAUGUCGAUCUCUAUGCGUUGCCUCAAUGGCUUAACGAUCCCGUCUUUGCUGCUGCUCCGCUUCUUCCUUGGCUUCCUCUCCCUGCGGGCUCAUUGUCCAGAAGCAACGAUCGAUAUUUUGCUGCCGAACCCCAAUCAAUGGAAUUAGUCGCUUUUCGAGAUGAUGAGCCUGCGACAUAUUCUCCUCUUCCUCCUCCUCCUGUUCUUGAUCCACAGAUAAUCGAGCGUGCUUCGGUUUUGAAAGCGGAGCUGUUGGCAUCAGAGGCAGCACCUAAAGCCAUUCGCUUGGCCAAAGACAUCCGACAGCUCUGCUUGGACUCUGGAACUGGCAGCCAGCUUAUGGUUCUUGGCUUGAUCCAACCUUGGGAGGUCGACGAUGAGAUGGCUUCGGUUCUCCUUUCCAACUUGUCGGGAGAGCAUGGCUUGAGUUUCGUGGGAUGGCAUGCCCACGUUCUCUGCUCGCUCGUCCUCCCCAAGCUGCUGACGCUCCAAAAGCCGGCGUCGAGGGUGCUGCUAUCCGCCACGACACGGUUCUGCCAGCUCCAUCCUGUGGCGGCCGUCGAAGCUCUACUCCUACCCUUGUCACUUCGCAAGGAAGGGCUCAAUGUGGUUCUCUGUGAUGCGCUGGCGAGGGUCAUCAGAGAGUGCUUGCACCCGGUGCAUGUUUCGGCCUUCUGCCAGAGAUUGCUUUGCGGGAAUGCGGGGGACAGGAGGCCUGUGUGCUUGCCAUGCCAUGAGGAGUUGCUAUCUGAUGAGCUGGUGUGGACAGAAUCGCUGUUCAUGCUAUUCAACCAUGUCCUCAAUCACAAUGUUUGUUUGACACCCGACACUGCAGACCAUCUUGUGUCCGUGAUCGAUGAGAACGCACACAAGUUCUCUAAAUCUCUGAAGUUUGGGAAUUUCAUGUUGUGUUUCGUCUCCAAAUGCGCUAGAGCUUCCAGCCUGCACAAGGUUUCGUUGGAGAGAGCUGCUAUGAGGACAGGAACUUUCGUGACCAAAUCCAUACUAUCAAAGUUGAGCGUUUAGGUAAACACGGAAUUAGGAAACUCCAUUUCUUUUAUUGAAAAAAAAAGCUAUGCAGGAACCUCAAUGAAGAACAACCAAAAUGCAGAAAUAGCCAGCUACAAGAACUUGUACCAUAUCCAUCUUGUAUUUAUGAUUCAAAUACUAGCAAAUUACAACUUUCUACCAUGCUAGUUGCCUGUCUUUGCAGGUGAGGACAGCCAAACCGCUGGUUGUGUAUGAUUAAGCCACUAAUUCGACCUAUUGGCACAGAGGGGAUCAGUUGCUAAGGAUGCUGAUCUUCUAUUGGAUGUAGACAAUCCUCUUGUUCUCUUCAAUGCAGCUACAGCUUCUCAAUCCAGAGACCAUUGUCUCACAUCGUAAGCUGUUCCAGCUUCUCUUUUAUACAUCUAAUAUUUUUCUUAUAAAGCUUGGACAUCCAGUCUUUGUAAUGUUGGAGGUCCAGGUUAUAGCGUCCAAAUGAGAUCGAACAUGUUGAGAUCGAUGCUCUUUCUUCAGAAUUAUGCGAAAGAUCUGCUACUAUGGGUUUGUUUUCCCAACACCAGCUUCUUAAGCUUGCCGAUAAACUUCAUUUUCUUGGAAUUUCCAUGUCUGGUUGAGGAGAUGACUUCGAUCGCAGCGUCUUCAGAUUCUUCAGUGGAUGUUUGUGAAGAAAAAGAAUGCUCCGAGUCAAAGUCUACGAAACUCGAGGUUUUCUCAUCGAUACCGGAGUCUGCGUACUCCAUCAUGUGCAGCUUUGGUUUCUCCUCGGACUCGGGACUCGAGCUCUUGCUGAGAUCCUUCGCCGCUGAUUUCUGCUUGUAGUUCUUCAGCUCGUACCUAAGGCAUGCAUUGACCCAUCGAAGGUACACCAGUUCUUCGACGUCGGCGGCCUUUUCGGUUUUGAGCUGUUCGAUGUCCUUCACCAGUUUCUCAUUUGCUACCUUCAAGAAGUUGGCUUUCUCCAAUGCAUCUGCCUGCAACUGGAGCGGACGAUGUCUCUUGGCUUUGAUAUGUGCUUUGAUGGAAGUAAGAAGCAAGAAGAAGGAAGCAUGUAGAAGACGCUACCUCUUGAGCCUCAAGCGCAGAUGAUGCAGAAGCUUGUGCUGACUCCAGCUUUCUCGUCAGGUCAAAGUUCUGCUCCGUUAGACUCGAGUUGACCAGUUUGAGUUGUGCGGCUUCAUCUUCCAGCUCCGCCAGCCUCUUCAGCUUUUCCUCCGUCUCCUCGUUGUUCUGACGCUGCAAUUGGCUGAUCCUUUGAUGAAGGGAAGCUGUUCUCUCCGCCGCCUGCUCUGCAUCCGAUCGCGACUUCUUCUUCAGAAGCCUGAUCGUCGCUCUCGCAGACUCGAGCUCGUUCAUCACUCUCGGAAGAUCCGCGAGCUGAGCUUCGAGCCUCUGGUUGUCGGACUGCAACGACUCGAUCCUUAAAGAGGACAACCUUGCUUCAGUCGAGCUCAUCUGCAGUUGGCGCUCGAGAUCUCUCACGGCGGCCGCCUGCUCUUGCAUUCCGUAAUACUCCAGCAGUUGGAGCUCCAGGCUCCUCUCGUUCUCUUGGAGGGAGCAAACCAAGCUCCGAAGGCUUGCUAUCUCUUGCUCCGUCGCACUGUCCUCUUCGAUCGCCGGGUUCUUGGGGCGGGAGGCUUCCAGAUCUUUCACCGUGUGAUCGCACUCGUCGUCGCCGGAGCUCGUCUUGGUCGGAGCCAAACGCAGCGCGGUGGUGGUCGAAGUGCCGUUGACGAUCGUCGCCAAAGCCGCUUUCUUGAGAUGAAAGACAGAAGAUUAGCCAGAAACCGAUUGAUAUAAAGAGGGCUCGAUCACGAGCAGGGCUUUGAUUCUUACGCCUUUUAGAAGUCGAAGUUCUUUGAGACCAACGCUUGACCUCCCGGUGGCUUGCGACAGGGCACCUGCGAUCAGGAAACACACAUGGAAAUCAGCACCAAACGCAGUCAAGAUCGAAUUUUGAUGUUUGGCGUCGGUAAAGAUGGAGCUUUAAUGAAUCGGGGAAUGGGCAGAUGAAGAACACCUGAAGAAUAACGAUGGGUGGAAGCAGCAGGAGAGGGAACGCGCGGUCGGGCGCGAGACGAGAGCUGGGCGACGAUGAAACCUGCGAAGGUGAGACCGAUUGGGACGCCAAGCUUGAUGAUGAUGGGGUUCACGCCCCUGCUUCUCACCAUCGACUCCAUUACUCCGCUAAUCUAUCUUCCGCCGUCCUAUCUACCAAUCCGCCGCCAAAGCCGACACCUUUCGCCAAGAAGAAGAAGAAGAAGAAGAAGCCGAGACGACAAUGGAGAAAGCAGCCGACCAGAACUCUGUCGAGCUUUCCUGCUCUAAAGAAGAGGACGAACGCAAUGCAAGGGGGAACACGCAAAAGGCGAAUCCGCAGGGUGGCCUUCUUCCGCUGCCGCUCGUUGUCGAGGCUCGGCAUCGUCUUCUGCACCUUUUGAUCUCGUGAGGGCGGAGGUGAUCCAGAGAGAAGAACGGAAGGUGGCGCGGAGAGCUCGCUUCACUUUUGGUUCGCAACCUUAACCUUGUUAAAACUUCAUUACACUUUUGGCAUAUAUUGUUGAGCAUGCACUAAAACGUCAUUAACUGUUAACGGGGCAACCACAUGGUUUAAGAAUAGAUGCCAACAAAUGAAUCAGCCAAAUAUAUACAAAUUCCUAUAGACUAAACUCAAUCAAUGUUGCUACUUGUUAAUGUGGCAGCAAAUUGGAAUCAUUAGCUUCGCAUUCUCUUUUAUUUACUUAUAAGCUUUUAAUCUGAAAGAAACUUGAAGGUGAGGCAUGAGAUGAUUGUGUUCUUUUUUA